AUGGGGAAGAAGCAGCAUAGCAAAGACCGAAUGUUCAUCACGAAGACGGAGUGGGCCACCGAGUGGGGGGGCGCCAAAUCGAAAGAGGUUCGCACCCCUUUCAAACGCCUCCCAUUCUACUGCUGCGCUCUCACCUUUACUCCGUUCGAGGAUCCUGUGUGCUGCGAAGAUGGCAGUGUCUUCGACCUAAUGAACAUAAUUCCAUACAUCAGGAAGUAUGGAAAACAUCCAGUUACAGGAGGUCCGCUCAAGCUAGAGGAUCUAAUACCCCUUGUUUUUCACAAGAAUUCUGAUGGUGAGUUUCAUUGCCCGGUAUUGAACAAAGUUUUUACUGAAUUUACACAUAUAGUUGCUAUAAAGACCACAGGAAAUGUAUUCUGCUAUGAGGCUAUCAAGGAAUUAAAUAUCAAGACCAAGAAUUGGAAGGAGCUUUUGACCGAUGAACCAUUCGCUAAAGAAGAUAUUAUUACAAUUCAGAAUCCUAGUGCACUUGAUAGCAAGGUUCUUGUAGAUUUUGAUCAUGUUAAAAAUAAUUUGAAACUUGAGGAUGAAGAACUUAAGAAAAUGAGCUCAGACCCAACUUACAACAUAAAUGUUUCUGGAGACAUCAAGCAGAUGCUUAAGGAGCUUGGAACUGAAAAAGCAAAAGAAAUUGCAUUACAUGGGGGAGGAGGAAACAAGGCACAAAAUGAAAGAGCUGCUGCUCUUUCUGCCAUAUUAGCUGCAAGAUCACGCAUCAAAGAGGAUUCUAAAUCCAAUGCAAAUGGAGAGGCUAAACCCCGACAAUCUUAUAGUAUUGUUGAUGCUGCUUCUGCUUCUGUACACGGAAGAAGUGCUGCAGCAGCAAAGUCCUCAGCAAGUGAUAAAACUGCUGCUAGGAUUGCCAUGCACAUGGCUGGUGAGCGGGCUCCGGUGAAUGCAAAAAUGAAUUACCACCUUCAACCCGCAUCCAUUCUCAUGGCUUACCUAGUUAGAAAGCUCUUUCCGGUAAAGAGCCGUUUCACCACAGGUGCUGCUUCUCGAUCCUUCACUUCGACUUCUUAUGAUCCUGUGACAAAAAAUGAAUUUGAAUAUGUUAUGGCUGAGAAGAAUCCUAAGAAGAAAGGGUAUGUCCAGCUACAUACUACACAUGGUGAUCUGAACAUUGAGCUGCAUUGUGACAUAACCCCCAGGGCAUGUGAGAACUUCAUCACUCUGUGUGAACGUGGCUAUUACAAUGGAGUAGCUUUUCAUAGAAACAUACGGGGUGAUCCUACUGGCACUGGAAGAGGAGGGGAAUCCAUAUGGGGAAAAACUUUUAAAGACGAAGUAGACUCAAGAUUGCUCCACUCUGGAAGGGGUGUUAUUAGCAUGGCAAACAGUGGGCCUCAUACAAAUGGUUCUCAGUUUUUUAUUCUCUACAAGUCUGCAAAUCAUCUCAACUAUAAGCAUACAGUUUUUGGUGGUGUUGUUGGUGGUCUGACCACACUUUCAGCAAUGGAGAAGGUUCCUGUUGAUGACAAUGAUCGGCCUCUGGAAGAGAUAAAGAUAACCAGUGUAACAGUGUUCGUCAAUCCAUAUACAGAGCCUGAUGAAGACAAUGAACAGGCAAAAACGAAAGAGGAAAAGAAAGAAGAAGAUGAAGACAAUGUUGGUUACAGAUGCAAUGACUUCUCCCCACUUUCACCUAAACAGGACAAGAUUGGGUCAUGGUAUAGCAAUCCAGGAACAGGAGCAAAGGAAUCUGCAAUUGUAGGUGGUGGUGUUGGGAAGUACUUGAAGGCGAGGCAUGCACAGGCUGAAUCUGCUGCUGCUGCUGCUGACAAUGGAUCACAGGCGAUUACUACAGCAAAGAAAAGGAAAUUAGGUGUCUCGGCAAGUGAAUUUAAAGACUUUUCCGCCUGGUAA